AUGGAAGAGAUCCCAGAUUUGGUCAUAGACUUGCCUCUUGAUGGCGAGAUCACCACUCAGAAGGUCCAAGCAACCCCGUUUGUGCCUACCUCGCUGACACCAACUCGGUUGGACAGGAAAAUACCCAUAACCAUCGUCACCGGGUACCUUGGGUCUGGGAAAUCAACGCUAUUGAAACAAAUUGGACUAAGGUCAAAGAAACGGCUUGCAAUCAUUCUAAAUGAAUUUGGUGACUCCUCCGUUAUUGAAAAAUCGGUGACUAUCCAGGACCAAUCCGAGAGCGUUGAGGAGUGGUUGGACAUUGGCAAUGGAUGUUUGUGCUGCACCGUGAAGGAUAGCGGUGUUAAUGCAAUUGAGAAUCUCAUUGAAAACUCCAAGGACAAGAUCGACUACAUAUUGCUAGAAACAACGGGUGUUGCAGAUCCUGCUCCCAUCGCCAAGAUGUUUUGGCUAGACGAGGGAUUGGCGUCCAAUAUCUACAUCGAUGGCGUGGUGACUGUCGUUGACUCAAGCAAUAUAAUCAAAUGCUUGGAUGACGUUGGCGGCCACUGGCACAAGGAAAACAGCCUUGAGCAAAUCGAAGAAGGCGUGAGCACAGCCCAUUUGCAAAUAGCCAUGGGUGAUGUCAUCUUGUUAAACAAAUCGGACAAGGUUGACGAUGCGUCCGAGAUCAUUUCCAGGGUCAAGGCAAUCAACGACACGUCGCCAAUCUUGCCCACGAGCUUUGGAGAUGUCGACACAAGAGAGAUUCUAGACUUGCAUGCUUUCGAAGCAGCAAAUAGUCGCAGGUGGACGGCACCUCUGGCGACUUUUCACGACCACCGCAUCACAACUGUGGCACUCGAGUUCCCGUUUUUCCAAAAUCCUUCGGCUUUUGCAAAAGUUGAGCUGUUUUUGCAAUCGGUUUUGUGGGAAAACGUCGUGAAUGGGAAACCGGUUGAGAUACACCGACUCAAAGGUCUAUUGGUUUGCCGUGAUGACGUGCGGGUGGUCCAGGGUGUACGAGAAACCUAUGAGAUUAUAGAGAAUGGGACGUUACUAGACGGCGUCUCCGCAAACAAAUUGGUCUUUAUAGGCAAAGAUUUGUCCAGGCAAGACUUGGAGAUUGAGUUGGGUAAGUUUUUAUUAGAUCUAAGUAAAGAAAUGUGA